UCGGGAGAACUCGUGUACCUGCUUGGUUCUUGGUCGCACUCUCUGGAAACUUCCACACUCUUCUGGUCAUUCUCAGUUUGGCUUCCAGACAUAUCUUUGCCCUUUUAUCAAUCUCACUCUCUUCCGAAUCAAUUCCCAGCAACGCACCAACGCUUUUUAUUUAACAUAAACAAACUAAAACACUCGUAAGAAAUCUAGCUUCGAAGGUGAUUCAGCUUUCAAGAUUCUUUAAUUUUUUCUUUUUGCGGCAAAACAAGAGCAACAGGAAGAGGUAGAAGAAGAAGAAGAAGAAGAUGGGUGUAGAUUAUUACAAGAUCCUGCAAGUUGACAAGAAUGCAAAAGAUGAUGAUUUGAAGAAGGCUUACAGGAAGCUUGCCAUGAAGUGGCACCCUGAUAAGAACCCAAACAACAAAAAGGAAGCUGAGUCCAAAUUCAAGAAAAUUUCUGAAGCCUAUGAGGUUCUGAGUGAUCCACAGAAGAGAGCUAUCUAUGAUCUGUAUGGUGAAGAAGGGCUAAAAGGCCAAGUUCCACCGCCAGAUGCCGGCGGUCCUGGUGGAGCAACAUUUUUUCAAACUGGAGAUGGUCCAAAUGUGUUUAGAUUCAACCCCAGAAAUGCUAAUGACAUUUUUACCGAGUUUUUUGGGGUUUCUAGCCCCUUUGGAGGAAUGGGAGGGGGUGGAGUUGGCAGUGGGAUGAGAGGUGGUUCAAGGGCGUUUGGUGGCAUGUUUGGUGAUGAUAUAUUUAGCUCGUUUGGUGAAGGAAGACCAAUGAGUCAGGCUCUUCGUAAAGCUCCUCCUAUUGAAAACACACUGCCCUGUAGCCUUGAGGAGUUAUACAAGGGAACCACCAAGAAGAUGAAGAUUUCAAGAGAAAUUGCAGAUGCUAGCGGGAAGACAUUGCCGGUGGAGGAAAUCCUGACCAUUGAUAUCAAGCCUGGUUGGAAGAAGGGAACAAAGAUUACCUUCCCCGAGAAAGGAAAUGAACAACCGAAUGUAAUCCCUGCAGAUCUUGUCUUCAUAAUUGAUGAAAAACCGCACAGCACAUUUACACGCGAGGGCAAUGACCUUGUUGUGACGCAAAAGAUAGCGCUGGCAGAAGCAUUAACAGGCUACACUGUCCACCUUACAACAUUGGAUGGAAGGAGCUUGACCAUCCCCGUCACCAGUGUGAUUCAUCCAAACUACGAGGAAGUCGUCCCAAGGGAAGGUAUGCCAAUACCCAAAGAGCCGUCGAGGAGAGGUAACCUGAGAAUCAAGUUCAAUAUAAAAUUCCCGACGAGGUUAACUGCGGAGCAGAAGUCUGGAAUCAAGAAACUAUUGGCACCAUAGGGUGGAGUCUGAUGAUCAUCAUCAUCAUUAGCAAAAUAUGAGACUUAAAAAACUUUGUGAAUAUCUUCUCCUCUUUCCCCUCAUGGACAAGGUUACCUACCUGAUUUGUAAUGUUUUGUUUGUGGUUUUUAAGUGAUGGAUUUGUUACCCAGAAGAAUAAAAGUUUAGCCUAUUUAGCACUGCUGAGAAAGCAAAGCUGUAACACAA